ACUUGAGUGAUGAAAUAAAGCCAUUUGAUGAGGAGUUUGACAUUCUUAAGUGGUGGAAGUCCAUGGUCCGAGGUUUCCCAUCCUAGCUUCAAUGGCUAGGGAUGUGUUGGUUGUCUCAAUCUCUACUGUGGCUUUUGAAGCUGCAUUUAGCAUUGGGGGUCUAGUUCUUGAUCCACUUAGGAGCUCUUUAACCCCAAGGAUGACUCAGGCACUAAUUUAUACCCAAGAUUGGUUAAGGUCAAGAGAAAAACAAGCUUCUGAUUUGGAGAAUGAGAAUACUUUGAGGAACAUGGAGAAAGGCGGUAAUUUUGGGACCGAGAAAUUGUGUGUGACAAAUCAGGUUGUAAGUGGUGAUCUUGUUUCUGAUGUUCCUCCUGGUGCAGUUGUGGCUUCUCAUAGACGUCAUGGUGCAGCGGUGACUGCAGUGCUUUGCUCUGCUCCUGUCAGUGGAGCUUUGGAGUCAGGAUCUGGUGGUGGAAAGGAUAAAAUCAAGAAACCUGGACGAUGUGACAUCAUUGGCCAAGACACUACUAAACAAUUUUUGUUAUGCAUUGCAACAGGAGGUGAAAUUGAGAAAGAUACUCGAAUUCAGAAGACCAUUCCACGUGCACUUGGCCAGGUGGAAAUUAGAUUUGAUCUUAUGGAUGCUCCUAUGAAUGCAUUCAAAAGAUCUGUUUUGCAAGAAGUUCUUGAUCAAAAGGAUACAUUUCAAAGCUUAAAAAAGGAUGUACUUCCAUAUCUUGUUCAAAGCCAGCUGGCACUAAAAUAUGCACCACUUGUGGAAGAAAAUGGAAACCAGAAGAUCAAUACCCAGAAUAACCAAGCAACUCUCUCUCGGAUAAUUGCUAAUGCAUCUACCCCAAGCUUUUAUGAACUCUAUGAGUUGGGUUCUAAUGGUUCUGCUCCUAUUUGGAAAAAAAUUAAAUGUUGUGCUUAUAUUGCCAGCAAUUGCAAGUACUGUGUGCGAUUGAAUUCCAUUCAAGCAUUCAUGGAUAUCAAUCGAGAUAUCAUUAGUGAGGCAAAUCAUCUGUCAGGGCAUUCCUUCUCUGCCCAUAAUAAUAUCAUACAUCCUUCAGUAGAGCUUGGAUCAAAAACUACUGUGAGUCCACUUUACUAGACAGGCGUAUCUAACCUCAUCAUUGGUUUAGAGCAUUGGAUGAUUAUUAUCUGUUACUUGUAUGUGUCAAAUUGUGAGGUUGUCUAGUUACUGAUUUUUUUUGAAGUUUUGAUUUGUUGACUAAUUGACAUGUGCUUGAUUUAUAAUUGCUAGUUAUACCGCAUUCAGAAAAAGAAAAAGGAAAAAUUCAA